AUGGAUAGUAGCAUCCACCUGAGUAGUCUGAUCAGUCGGCAUGAUGACGAAGCCACGAGAACAUCGACCUCAGAAGGACUGGAGGAAGGUGAAGUGGAGGGAGAGACGCUCCUGAUUGUCGAAUCCGAGGAUCAGGCAUCAGUGGACUUAUCGCACGACCAGAGUGGGGAUUCCCUCAACAGCGAUGAAGGAGACGUGUCUUGGAUGGAGGAGCAGCUGUCCUACUUCUGUGACAAGUGCCAAAAAUGGAUACCAGCCAGUCAGCUGAGGGAACAGCUCAGUUACCUUAAGGGUGAUAAUUUUUUUAGGUUUACUUGUUCGGAUUGCUCAGCAGAUGGCAAGGAGCAGUAUGAAAGGCUGAAGCUGACAUGGCAGCAAGUCGUCAUGUUGGCAAUGUACAACUUGUCUCUGGAAGGAAGUGGACGUCAAGGUUAUUUCAGGUGGAAAGAAGAUAUCUGUGCUUUUAUUGAGAAACACUGGACUUUUUUACUAGGGAAUAGGAAAAAGACGUCUACCUGGUGGAGCACUGUCGCAGGUUGCCUCAGCGUGGGAAGUCCCAUGUACUUCCGUUCAGGUGCUCAGGAAUUUGGAGAGCCAGGAUGGUGGAAACUUGUUCAUAACAAGCCCCCAACGAUGAAACCUGAAGGAGAGAAGUUGUCUGCCUCUACUUUGAAAAUAAAAGCAGCCUCAAAACCAACUUUAGAUCCCAUCAUUACUGUUGAGGGACUUAGAAAACGAGCAAGUCGGAAUCCUGUGGAAUCUGCCAUGGAAUUAAAAGAGAAAAGGUCUCGAACUCAGGAAGCAAAAGACAUUAGAAGAGCCCAGAAGGAGGCCGCUGGCUUUCUUGACAGGAGCACAUCUUCUACCCCUGUAAAAUUCAUAAGCCGAGGCCGCAGGCCAGAUGUGAUUCUGGAAAAAGGCGAAGUGAUUGACUUUUCCUCCUUAAGCUCCUCUGACCGCACCCCGCUGACAAGCCCAUCUCCUUCUCCUUCUCUGGAUUUCUCUGCCCCUGGUACACCUGCCUCUCAUUCUGCCACACCUAGCUUGCUUUCAGAAGCAGAUCUGAUUCCAGAUGUGAUGCCCCCACAAGCCUUGUUUCAUGAUGACGAUGAGAUGGAAGGCGAUGGAGUCAUAGACCCAGGGAUGGAGUACGUCCCACCCCCUGCUGGGUCAGUAGCUUCUGGGCCAGUGGUUGGGGGCAGAAAGAAGGUCAGAGGCCCUGAACAGAUAAAGCAGGAGGUAGAGAGUGAGGAGGAAAAACCCGACAGGAUGGAUAUUGACAGUGAAGACACAGAUUCAAACACAUCUUUGCAAACAAGGGCUAGAGAAAAGAGGAAGCCUCAGCUGGAGAAGGACACAAAGCCGAAAGAGCCCAAGUAUACUCCCGUGAGCAUCUACGAGGAAAAGCUGCUGCUCAAGAGGCUGGAAGCUUGUCCCGGUGCUGUUGCCAUGACUCCGGAAGCUCGGAGACUGAAACGCAAACUGAUUGUCAGACAAGCGAAAAGGGAUAGGGGAUUACCACUUUUUGACUUGGAUCAAGUUGUUAAUGCUGCUCUUUUGUUAGUUGACGGGAUUUAUGGAGCCAAAGAAGGAGGAGUUUCCAGACUUCCAGCUGGACAAGCCACGUACAGAACUACCUGUCAGGACUUCAGAAUCCUUGACCGAUACCAGACUUCCUUGCCGUCCAGGAAGGGAUUUCGACACCAGACCACCAAGUUUUUGUAUCGCUUGGUGGGAUCAGAAGAUAUGGCUGUGGACCAGAGUAUUGUCAGCCCUUAUACCUCUCGGAUCUUGAAACCUUAUAUCAGGCGUGAUUAUGAAACAAAGCCACCCAAACUGCAGCUCCUGUCACAGAUUCGUUCCCACCUGCACAGGAGCGACCCUCACUGGACGCCGGAGCCCGACGCACCUCUCGAUUACUGUUACGUGCGGCCAAAUCACAUCCCAACGAUCAACUCCAUGUGUCAGGAGUUUUUUUGGCCUGGCAUUGACCUGUCUGAGUGUCUGCAGUACCCAGACUUCAGUGUUGUUGUUCUUUAUAAAAAAGUCAUCAUUGCCUUUGGCUUCAUGGUUCCUGACGUGAAAUACAAUGAAGCUUACAUUUCAUUUCUGUUCGUCCACCCUGAAUGGAGAAGAGCAGGGAUUGCAACUUUCAUGAUCUAUCAUCUGAUUCAGACCUGCAUGGGCAAGGACGUAACCCUUCACGUCUCAGCAAGCAACCCCGCUAUGCUACUGUACCAGAAGUUUGGAUUCAAGACUGAAGAAUAUGUGUUAGAUUUCUAUGAUAAAUAUUACCCAUUGGAGAGUACAGAGUGUAAACACGCAUUCUUUCUGAGGCUCCGGCGCUGAUGCGAAUACAGCUCACAGAGAAACGCAUGUGCUAUUGGAGAACAGGUCUUUGUGGAGAUCUAAAGGCAGUGAUUGAUUUCACAGGGAGCUCUAAUCUUCUCUGUGAUUACAUGGUCCUUCAAACUCCCAACCAAAGUGAGAAAAGCGGCAUGCAGUGAAAUGAGCAGUGAGCAGCCCUUUAGCAAAAUCGCCCUCCAGUCCUUCCUGGAGAUGCCUUCAGCCAGCAUCCCAGACUCCACAGUUAAAUGAACGAUGUCGUGAUUCUCCCUCCACCUGACAGUUUGUAAGAGUGAAAGAGCAUCUAACCUGAUGCUCUUGGAGAGAGAUAACCUGUCUGUCAUAACUUAAAGGAUGAGAAAAUGUGGUGUAGCUAUUAAAGAUUCAUGCAGUCCCAAAAGGCACUGUCCUGGGAUGAUGAGAGAUUAUGAGGUGAUUUCAUAAAAGGAAUCCAACCCUGUGCCUGGCCAUUGAUGUGUUGUCAUUGAAUCCAGGAGGAUUUCUAGGGCACUGAAGUUUUGUUGUUUCUUUUGCUGACUUUGGUUACAGUCAGAAAAAAUAAACUAGAUGUUUGUGUCUA